CAUAGCUAGUUACCUGGAUAAAAGGUCUCAUCGAUUGGUCAGUUUUUUGUAGGCCAUGACAUGGCACUGUUAUUUGGGGUUUUAUAAGGCGACAUGAUCUCUACAGCUGAAGAAAACCAGAGGUUGAAUUAUCCUACCAUUCCAGCUCUGCGCUUUAUUGACCUGGAUGCCAUCACAAAACAAUGUGUAGAGACCUUGUAUGAUGAGAACCCUAAUGUAUGGGGUCAUAGGAUUAUUGAAAUACUAGCUCAGGAUACUCUGAGUCAGAUAAGGCCGUUAGUAUUGGAAAUAAUAUGCUUUGUACUUGGAGCCUACCUUAAUUCACCCCCUGUGGAAAGUGAUGAAGUCUACAACACUGACGGAGGGUCUGUGUAUCAAAACUUUUCCCCUGUGGAGUCCACACACAAUCUACCCUUUGAGAUAACAGCAGACCCCCUGAGGACAGCCGUCACCCUCCCCCGGGACACAGAUAACCAGGCAUACACCCUUUUCAACGCCCCCCUGCAACCGCUCGGAUCUGAAACCUUCCUGCAAAUUCCACCAGAACUGCAGGCCGAUUUUGACACUUACAGUGCCUAUCUGGAUGACUUUGAGUUACAACCAGACAUGCUCAUAUCGAGUCAGACAGACUCACCCCCUAGUCCUCAGGUCGAGGGUGAACUAUCAGCACAGACUCUACGUGAGAUUCAGGUCGAUAUAGCACUCCUCACAGAUCCCCUCCUGACGAGAUAUCACCCCGAUCAGUCAAGCUAUUACCAGGAGGACCCCCACUGCUGUUAUUGCCAACUUUAUGGACACACCCACUGAAUAAGCUGGAGGGUCUCAUGUAAAUUGAUGCCGAUGUAACCGACCGGUAUGUUUCUUCAGCUGUAACAAAUGUAUUUCUGAUUUGGUUUCAUAAACGGUCAAACAUGGAUGAUUUAGCAGAUAGAGAAAUUUCUUUUCUUCAGUCUAUAAACGACAUAAAUGAACUAAGCAGUGAUGAGGAAUUCGUGUAUGGAGAUAUGUCAUUUCCUCAGUGUUCAGACAAUAUCAGUGAGUUAAACGACGAAGAACCUCCCAUCUCAUCACAAACAAACUCAAGCCAUCUCACAACCUUAGAUAGCGCUUUGGAAUGGGUAUUAGAAUGCUAUCAAGACUCUGACACUUACCCUGGUCUAGGGCUUUUAAAUCAGCUCGCAGACGGAGUACGCCAUCUGAAUGGAGUAAAUAGCAUAGCUUCAACCAUUGCGGAAUCACCAGUUUCCACCGUGCAGAAUGGUGGAUAUGCUAGGGACACGCCGAGUGACUCAGAAUCGCCAGUUUGCUCCAUGCAAAGUGGUGGACAUGUUGAUCAGAAUGACACCCCGAAUGCUUCAGAAUCACCAGCCCCCUCGUUACAACAUGGAGGGGGGGCUAACCGAAAUGCCACACCAAGUGUUUUGUCUCGACCUGUAUUCAAUAACACAGAACUGCGUCAGUCUCUAGUCCUAACCCCUCCUAAUGAUGAUGAAGCAGACUUUACAUCCUAUUAUGAGGUUCUGAUGAACAAUGUACAAGAUAUGGUAAAUGAUGCUUUUUCACGGGCAGAGAGGGAAGAUAUUGUUCAGGUUGAGCUCCGGGGCGAGCAGCUACAGGCUAAUGUGUCAGCCAUUUUGAAUGCUAAUGAUGAUAAUCUAGCUGAUUUUGAGGAGGCCCUGUUCAAUGCUGUACAGUCAAAUUUGGAGGUAAUGGCAGACAGUAACCUCGAGUUAGUGGUGCAAAUUGUACAAUCCCCCCGUGGUGGUGGUGCUAAAAGAUUGGCUGGUAAAAUGUUGGACAAUGAGAUUGUUAAAAAGAAGAGGCGUUUUCUGUACGUUGUACAGAAUCCGUCCAACCUGCUGUGUUUUGCUAUUAAUUUAGCACUGUUGUUGUAUGACAACCUCACUGAUAAAGAAGGUUUUGAAGGUGGUAAAGAUAUUCAAAGGAGGGUGGGUUUGACAGAUCAGACAGCUGUGACAUUCAACGACAUUGUUAAAUUCGAAGAGUUUAAAAUGCAAGAUUGUGGUAUUUUACAGAGGCGAUGAAGAUCGUACUCACUGUAAAUUCCAGACAGAGGGUCCCAAACGAGACAAAACUGUGUUUUUGUUUCUCUUCAAAAACCACUACUAUGGGAUUAAAAACUUGAAGGGGUUUUUAGGCUCUGCAUUUGUCUGUGAACAUUGUUACACAGGCUACAGCUCUCAAUGGCAUCAUUCCUGUACCGGUCAUUGUUAUGUCUGUCUUGACCCCUCAUGUACUCUGGACGAGUUUAAACCCAUCUUUUGUAAAGACUGUAACAAAACGUGUCGUACGGCUGGCUGUCACUCUCGACAUAAAAAACAGACACAGAGAUCAUCAGACAUUGCCAGUAACUGCGAUUUACACAAAAAGUGUGUAGAUUGUCAACUUUCCUACUACACUCCCAAGAGUAGUGCAGAUAAAACACACAAGUGUGCGGUGAAAAAAUGUAAGACAUGCAAGGAAAAAUUACCCUCUGCUUCUACAGCCGAUGGUGAAAAACAUCUGUGUUACAUCGGAGUGUUGCCCAAAGAGACAGAACCCAAUGACAACAUUGUGUUUUAUGAUUUUGAAACAAUGGCUGGGGCAGAUGGUGUACAUGUCCCCUUCCUGGUGUGCACAAAAACCCUUGCGGGUGAAAUUUGGGUCUCGGAGGGCACCGACUGUGCACUGCAGUUUCUGGCACACUUUAGGCGUCCAAAGUUAAAAAAUGCAACCUUCAUCGCUCACAAUGCUAAGGGUUUUGACAGCUAUCUCAUUAUCAAUGCAAUGUUAGAGCAAGGGUUAAAACCCUCUUUGAUAAUGCAAGGAAGUAAAGUGACCUCUUUUACUGACCAGGAUUUCGGACAAAAGUACAUAGACUCACUGUCUUAUCUCUCUAUGCGUUUAGCAGCAAUGCCAAAAGCUUUGGGAUUUGAAGAUAAAAUCAAGGGAUACUUCCCACACAGUUUCAGCUCUAAGGCUAAUCUGAGUUAUAUCGGACCUUACCCCCCAGCACACUGUUAUGGGAUUGAACGCAUGACAACUGAUGAAAAAAGUGACUUUUUCACCUGGUAUGAGACGGUACGCACGGGUACUUUUGAUUUUCAAAAGCAGGCACUGCUUUACUGUAAAAACGAUGUGGACAUUCUUGCCCAGGGAGCCACUUUAUUUCAAAAAGGGUUUCUCGCAGAGACAGGAGUUGUGCGACCAUAGCUUCUGCGUGUAUGAACGUUUUUACCACCAACUUUCUACCACCCAAAACCCUGGCAAUACCCCCACCCGACGACUACCGCCGUGAAAACAAGACGUACUCGGACGCAGGUGUUCAAUGGCUGGAGUGGAUAGCCCAAACAGAAGGUGUAUUUAUUCAACAUGCGUUGAACGAAGGAGAAAAACGAGUGGGACGUUUUGUCGUGGAUGGUUUUGCCGAAGUAGCCGGGGGCAAGAUUGUCUGGGAAUUUCUUGGUUGCUUCUAUCACGGGUGUCCAUCUUGCUACAAGGGCCAUGAGAAAAACCCCUUGACAGGUGGCACAUUUGAGCAGCUCCAUGCUGCUAGUGAGGAAAAGCUGCAUGAGCUACAGUCUGUUCACGGGGCCAAAGUGAUCGUUAUGCGUGAGCAUACAUGGGUUGAGAUGAAAAAAUCCAACCAAGAUUUACAGGCUUUCCUCAGGGAAUACAAAGCGUCAGAACCAUUGACCCCCCGCGAUGCUCUAUACGGGGGGAGGACAUGUGCUGUAAAGCUGAGGCACACGACAGCGGCAGAUGAAUUGGUUCAUUAUUGUGAUUUCACUUCACUCUACCCUUUUGUAAACUGUACAGGCCUAUAUCCCCUUGGACACCCCCAGCUCAUAUUCCGAGAUUUCAAAGACCCUCGCAGUUAUUUUGGGUUAAUCAGAGCCACAGUAGACCCUCCCAGGGGUCUUUACUUUCCUGUCCUGCCCUACCGAACUGCAGCGGGUAAGCUAGUGUUCACCUUAUGCCGUACAUGCGCUGAGCUUAACAACCAACAGGGGCCCUGCAAAGAGGAAAGAGGCCCUGCAAAGAGGAAAGAGCAUUAACAGGAGUUUGGGUGACCACAGAAUUCACCAAAGCAUGGACAUGGGAUACAAGAUCAAUCAAUCAAUGUUUAUUUAUAUAGCCCAAUAUCACAAAUGUUACAUUUGUCUCAGUGGACUUUACAGUUCGUACAAAAUAUCAGUAUGACAAUACGAGAUGACUCAGAUCACAGAGGUGUGGCAUUUUGAGAAGAAAAGUGACAGCAUUUUUGUAGACUAUAUACACACAUUUUUGAAAGGUAAACAAGAAGCAUCAGGUUACCCUUCAGAGGCCACAGAUGAUGAGAGCAGACAAAAGUAUGUGACAGACUAUCAUGCUAAGCAGGGUAUCUUGCUGGAUGCAGAUAAAAUCAAAUCAAAUCCAGCCAAAGACAAGUGGCAAAACUAUGUCUCAACAGUUUCUGGGGUAAAUUUGCCCAGAGAAACAACCUGACUCAGACUAAGAUUGUGACCAAAACAGAAGAAUUUCUUAACCUCUUGUUUUCAGCUAAACAUAAGGUAUUUCUCAUUCCUCAACGACAGAACGGCUCUUGUUCAGUGGUGCUACGGUGAAAAAUGCUAUUCUCCUCCCAACAAGGUAGAUAACAUAUUCAUUGCAGCAUUUACCACUGCGUAUGCCAGGCUGAAACUGUACAGUGAAUUGGAGAAAUUACAGCACAGAGUCUUCUACUACGACACAGACAGUAUCAUCUAUGUGACGAGACCGGGUGAGACUCCACUGCCCAUGGGGGUUUAUCUGGGGGAUCUGACAGACGAACUGGGGGGCGACACAAUUGCAGAGUUUGUUUCAGCAGGCCCUAAAAGUUAUGCCUAUCAGACUAAAAAUCAAAAAAAGGUUGUGAUGCGUGUGAAAGGCAUUACACAAACGCACGAAUGUUGUGAACGAGUGAACUUUGACAGUCUGACAGAUCUGGUGGAAGGCUACGUUCAAAACUCUGAGAGGGGGAGGUGUCUUCAGGCCCAGCAACACAACAUUGUACGGAAUAAAGAGGGUUUCGUUUUGAGAAAUGUGUCAUUCACCAAAAAGUUCCGAGUUGUGUUUGAUAAGAGACGUCUGCUAGACGGAGGAAAUACUUUGCCUUUUGGGUAUUGAGACAAAAUGUUUUCACCCCGUCAAAUUGAUUUUGAGCCCCGACUACAAGUUCCUUUUUCUUGUUUAGUCGUGGGCCCCAGCGGGUGCGGAAAAACUUUUUUUGUCAAGAAUGUAUUGCAAAAUUGUAUUCAUGUAAUGGAUGUGAAGCCUCAAAAUAUUGUGUGGAUUUAUACUUUUUUCCAGCCCAUGUAUGCUGAACUGCAGGAAAAGAAUAAAAAUAUAAAGUUCA